AUGUUGCAUUUUGAAGAGAAUUCACCCAUAAUAACUAGUGAAAAUGAUGUUGGAUCUGAUCAAGAGACAAAUAUUUCCUAUUCCGAAAAUUCCAAUCAAACACCAUCUAUUGAAAUUGCAUCUAUGUCAUCGACAAUAUCACUAACCAAUGCUUUAAUUUCAACAAAAACUAUUGAUAAUACUUGUGAUAAACAAGAAAAAUUAAUAAAUUUAUUAAAUUCCAAUUUCUUGUCUUGUUCAUUUUGUUAUACAAAUGAAAAUAUCAUAAAACUUCUUCCAUGUUUACAUACAAUCUGUCAAAAUUGUGUUAUAUCAUUAAGUAAACAUUUAAAAAAUCAGAAUAAUUCAUUGAUCAAAUGUAAAGCUUGUCAUUUGGCUGGUUUACAAUUACGAGAACAAUAUAAUCCUAAUAAUCAGAGUUUUACUAAUGGAACACUAGAAAAUAACAUCAGUGAUGAUAAAUGUGUAACGAUUCAACUUGGCAACAACUUAACUAAUGAAUCAAACCAGAAUUUAGAAAAGGAAGAAACAAUGACAGUGGAUGAGUUACAAUUUCCAAAUGCAAUAUUUAUUGAAAAACUUCGAGACUUGGCGAAUUUAUUACAAAAGGAUUCAAUGCGUAAAUGUGAUUAUUGUAUGUUUGAAAAUCAAAAUUCAGAAGCCCAAUGCAGUUUAAGAGGUGAACAAAUUGAAAGUUUGUUACCGUUGCACGAUGAUAGAUUUGUAAACUACACUUAA